AUGUCUGAAGUUAAAAGAACAAUUAGAAUUACUACUGAACAACACAUCCUUCAUGAUGUCCCCCCAGUUGAGAACUACCCUAUGAGAAAAUGGUCCAUCCAAAUAACUAUGCUCGAUUCUGAGGGAAAAGAAAUCCCAGCAAAAAUUUUGGACAAAGUUACGUAUACUUUGCACCCAACUUUUGCCAAUCCCAUAAGAGUCAUCAAACAGCAGCCAUUCAAGAUCGAAGAACAAGGAUGGGGUGAAUUUGACAUACCUAUUUCCAUACACAUCUUAGGUAUAAACGGAAAACCCGGUGAGCGUAAAUUCCAGCACGACUUGAACUUUUUAAAAGAGAAAUACGUCAAUGACCAUGUGAUUUCUAUCCCAGUAGGUCCACACAAGAACCCUCAAUUGAACAAGAUCCUAACAGAGAGUGGUCGUUUGCCAUUUGAUGAAGCAGGCAAUUCUGCUGGUGCUUCUGCUGCUGGGGGGCUCAAGAGAAAAUUGGAUGCGCCAAAUGGUGCACAAUCUCAAGCUAACGCCGCCGAUAGGAAAAAGUUGAAAGGUGCAUUCAAAGGUAAUAUAGACUUAGAGAAAUUGGCCAAUGGAUUGAGUAAAUUGAGCGAAGACGAUUUGAUUGUGGUGGUUCAGAUGGUUACUGAUAACAGGACCAAUGAGAUGAAUAUCAAGAAUGAUAUUGAUAAUGGGGAGUUUACUAUGGACUUGUACACUUUGCCUGACUCCUUAUUGAAGAGUUUGUGGGAUUAUGUGAAGAAACAUACGGGAGAGAUUUAA